UCUCUCUCUCUCACACACACACGCACACACACACACAGUGAUCUCUCUUCAGUCAAGGCAUGAGGAUGCGAGCGGGGAUUUAGUUUCAGUGUCUUUUCCAGUCUGCAGCAGAUUAUUACCUUUCCUCCAGCACACGGGACGGAUUUACGCACGAGAAACAAGCAUUGAGGUCCACCUUCUCCACACGGAAUAUGAUGCAGAAUUGCCCAACUCUUAUGGAAAUAAGUUGGAUAAGAACACUCUCAGAGCUGUUGGCUGAUAAUCAAUGAACUGAUUUCUAUAAAGGAUACAAGGGAAAACAUUUCUGUGAAGAAAACCUGAUUUUUUUUUUCGGAUAUGGCGGCAACUGAGGCCAAUGCAGAGCCUGUUCAAGCAGACAUUGUAGAUAAUAAAACUGAUGUGGAAGCCACAAAGCCAGAGCCAGCCUCAAACGAGGAAGCCCCAGCUUCAACUGAGGAAGCCCCAGCUUCAACCGAGGAAGCCCCAGCUUCAACUGAGGAAACACAGCCUACUACUGAGGCACCAGCAAGCACAGAGCAACCUGCUGAUAGCAAAUCCAAGCCGGCCAGUGAGAAAAUAUGGGACUCUUUUUUAAAUAAAAGUGGGCUCGGAAAAGUAAUGGGGGGAAAGAAGAAGAAAGAACAGCAUACUGAGGAUACUACUGGUGAGGAGCAGGAUAAGGCCCCCAACCAGACUGAUCAAGGGGAUGCUGCAGGCCCUAAAGACCAGGAAUCUACUCAGCCAGUAGAAGCUGGUGAGGCUGCAGCUGAUGGGCAGGCAAUUGAAAAAGCACCAGAAAAUGAGGAAGCUUCCCAAGAGCAAAAAGCAUCUGGUGCCAAGCCAAAGCAAGGAGAGAAGUCCAGUGUCAGGGACUUCAUCCGCAACCCUGUAGCUAAAAUUUUCUCACACAAAAGCACAGACAAAAAGGAUGGUACAGGGGCGCUCAAACAUGGCAAGGUUCGGUCAAAGUCACUAGACAGGCUAGAGGAUGCUGAUGCCAGCACAACUGUAGCAGAACAAGCAGAGGAGCCUUCAACUGCAGAUGAACCAGACAAGUCUAACCCACAAACAACGAAAAACAUGAAACGCUGGCACUCUUUUAAGAAACUCAUGGCUCAAAAAAGCCACAAGAAAAGCACAGAGGAGUCCAAGGAUGCUGAGGGGGCAGAGGGAGGAAGUGCAGAGGGAGCAGGAGACAGUAGUACACUGGAUUCCACAACAAAGUCAGAACAUUCUGGCCAGAAAAGGUGGAAACUGAAGAGAUCCUGGACAUUCCAAGGACUGAAGAGAGAUUCAUCAGUUGUUGGAAUCCAUAAACCAAAGGACAAAGACUCUUCAGAUGUGAAAGAUGAAAAUGCCCCAGAGGCAGAAGAGGGGGUAGAAGAUGUAAAGGUAGCCGGUGACGUAGAAACACAGGAGAAGACAGAGUGUGAGGAGGAGAAAGGAGCAACUGCAACUACACAGCAUGCAAAAUCUGUGGACCAGCAUGCAAAUGAGAUCUGGACCUCUUUCAAAAAACGAGUUAUUCCCAAAUCUAAGAAGCCAGCUGACACAAGUGGAGUAGAGGAGGAAGCAGCGGGUGAGCAAGAGCAGACUGAUGAACCACAGGCGGGUAAAGACUCAGGCAAGACAGCCAAGGCAAAAAGGACACACUUCAACCGUGCUGUGUCACUAAAGAACUUCAUACUGCGAAAGGGGAAGAGUACCAGCAUGGACAUGGGGGAGGGUACAGCAGCCCAAAAAGAUGGCGAUGGCACUGGUGAAAGUGAGGGUAAAGACAUGGAUGGCCUUGAUGAUGAAGCUGGGGCAACUGAUGCCCCACAGACUGAAUCAGAGGAGCAGACUGUGACUCAAAGUGAAAGCAAUAAUGAAGCUCAGGUGGCAGGCGAUCACAAGAGUUUGGAUGGAGAGGAGAGUGCACCAUCUGGUCAGCCAUCAGACAAGCAUCAUGCUGCGGACCCAGCACCAGAGAGUGGAGGCAAAGAAGAGCCAAAGGCUAACGGUGAGAAUGGAUGCUCGGACACUACAUCAGAGGACACAGUAGCACACAAUCAUGAAGCAACAACCCAGAAUGAUGUGAAGGAUGAGGAGAUCAACCAGGAGACCAUAGACUCUAGUGGUAAAACUUGUCCAAAGGAUGGGAAGAUCCUCAGCCAGGACGGGAAGUGCGAUACAGUCAAUGCAGUUGCCCAAAGCGAAAAAAAGGCGGGAAACGUGUGACGCCACACAAAGAGGAUUAGAUCUGCAUGGGAUUCGUUCAGCGAGGAGCUUUGCCCCCCUCCCCCAAAAUAUGGAGUAAUCACAUGUUUACGCCACGAUUCACCAUGGUGAGAGAUGCAAUCCACAUAGUUUAAAAAAAAUCUUGAAAAGCAAUAAUUCAGAUUCAUCAAUCAGUGCAGUUCUUGCUACCAUUCCAUCACUGUAAAUGUUUUGCCUGUCUACUAGUGAGAUUUUAUAUUGUCAUAAAUGACAUUCCUUUGAAAUGUUAAUCUCAGUGAUCACAAAGUACCGUGAUCAUAAAGACUGUUAGUUUUAUAUUAAUUGCCAUUCUGUUUGUAGUUUUCCUUUGACUAGAUAUAUGUGAUACAGACACAUUUAAAAUAACAGCCCACCAGACUGCCCCCCGAAUUGUGAAUUCAAUACGGAAUGUGCUCUAAUCUCUGUGUUUUUGUUUUUAGACUGUUAUCUUGUGUACGUGAAUAAACCACCAUUAAACAUUAAGUAAA